AUGAGCAAUUAUAAUGUUAUUGUCAAGCAACCAAAAUCUUUCCGAAUUCUGAUGUUUCAACAUGGAUAUAAAACGAAAGCUGUACACACUGACAACAAAGAACAGCUUACUGGACCAUGGGGUCAACUGUGUAGUAGUAAUGUACACAAUUCAACCCAACCAACUGAUUCCCAUGAUGAUGAUGAUGAUGGCGAAGAUACCGAAAGCAGUGAGGAUAGCGAUAAUGAUGAGGAUGGGGAUGAUGAAGAUGAUGGUGAGUAUGAUACAACCACAUCGAGAUCCGAUUCCACUGAUCUUCGAUGUUGUCUACUAUCAGCGUGUUGUGAAACGUGUACCUGUUGUAAUAUGCCGAAAAAAUGUGAUGUCUUGUAUAAUCAUUUACAAAUUAUGACAAAAGCUUGUCCUGGUGGUUGUCCUACUAUUGUACCGAAACAAGAAGAAGAAGAAUGGAAAUAUCCAAGGUAUAAAGGUGCUAGUGAAUUUGCAAUAUGUCAGUGUUGUUAUUCUCCUGGUGGAAUCAUAUGCAUGAAGUAUUUAGAUAUUUUAUGCUGUCCACUAUGUCCUCUAUGGGAUUUAUGCAAAGGUUUUGAUUAUGGUUAUCGUCGUUUUCGUAUUCAAGUGAUAUUGGAUCGGUAUAAAGAUUCACAAAAACGACAUUAUAUUACUUUCAUAUAG